AUGAGAUUGCGUCUAAACAGAUCAACGACAGACUCAAGCGCACAGUCAGUCAUGAGUCUGUACGAUCUGAUCACGCCGGUAUAUAUGAUGGGACUAGCCCACGCGCGCGAGAAGCAGCUCGAGAGCAUUGUCAUGGGACGACCAAAGGCGUGA